AUGACUGCUAGUAAUUAUAAAAGAGAUUCGGAUGACGGAUUGGAUAGAAGCUCUCAUGCUCAGACAAUUCCACCAGCACCCGAUUCAGCCGCACUGGAACCUUUUGCUGAAGCGAAGAAGUUUUCUGAGAGUGAUGCUGGAGAUGGAACAAAACGUGAGGAUAUGUACUUACAUGGCAAAGCCUUGGCACUUUGUAUGGUUUCAGUGUACUUCUGCCUGUUUUUGUUUGCUCUUGAUCAAACUAUCAUCGUUACAUUACUUUCGAAAGUUGGAAAUAAAUUCGAUGGACUUGACAAGAUUGGCUGGUUGGGAUCUGGAUUCUUCUUCUCCAUGGCUAUUUUGGUGAUUUUUUGGGGGAAAUUGGCUCUUCUAUUCGGAAGAAAAUAUAUCAUGAUCGCAUCCAUAAUCUUGUUCGAGGCUGGAUCGUUGAUGUGCGCUUUGGCCAGUUCCAUGAACGUUCUUAUCGGUGGGAGAGUGUUGGCUGGAAUUGGUGGUGGAGGAAUUCAAACUUCAGUUUUUAUUCUUAUUACGGAAAUAAUGCCUAUCCACAAGAGACCACUUGGAAUGGCGUUGGUCGGUUCCGUCUUUGCUGUUGCUUCUGUCCUUGGGCCUUUGAUUGGGGGUGCGUUCACCACUCACGUCACAUGGAGAUGGUGUUUUUAUAUCAAUUUGCCUGUUGGAGGUCUUUCCCUUGUAUUAUUCUGUUGGACGUUCAACCCUCCAAAUACUAAAGGCAGUGCUCGUGAAAAGUUGAAAUUCAUCGACUACAUUGGAACAUUGCUCUUGACUGGAGGGCUAAUUAUGAUCCUUGUGGCAAUUACCUUAGGAGGAAGAGACUAUUCGUGGCACUCGGGAACUGUCGUCGCUUUGUUCGUAGUGGGUGGAAUUUUGACCAUUGCCUUUUUCUUAUGGACAUUCAAUUAUGCAAAACAUCCGUUGAUCCCAUGGGAGAUUGCUAAAGUGAUCCAAAUAACAGCCGCAGGCAUUGCCUUAUUUGGAAUGUUUGGCUACUUCUUGGCCACCAUGUUGUACCUCUCCAUCUAUUUCCAGGUGAUCCACAAUGCUGAUGCAUGGAACUCAGGUGUGCAUUUGUUGCCAGAAAUUGUCUCAGUUGUUUUAACGUCAACGACUUGUGGAAUACUAAUUAAAACUACUACCUUUAUUAAGCCAUUUGCUGUUGUUGGAGCCUUCAUAGGCUUUAUCGGAUGUGGAUUAAUCAGUCUACUUGAUGUUGACUCCUCGAAUUCCGAAAAGAUCGGCUAUAUGAUUCCUGUGGGUAUUGGUAUUGGCAUGCAAAUGCAGUCAUGUUUUGUUGGAGGUCAAGUGAAGGCACCAAAAACUGACGGAGGAGUGAUUUUUGCUACUUCAUGGAUGAACUUUUUGAGAUCCAUAGGUGCAGCUUUAGCUGCCACUCUAGCUGAUGCAGUCUACACUACUUCGUUUGUAAAUAAGGUGGGCCCAGAGUUGAAAAAGCAGACUCAAUCUAUUCAAGAGGAACUCUCACAUUACAACUUAAAGAAGUUGAUCAACUCUAACGCAGUCAUUCAUACUAUGACACCAGAAUCCCAGGCGUUUAUAAAGGAAAUUAUCAUGAGCUCGAUCAGAAAUGUAUUCUACAUGAGUCUUGGAUUUGCUGCCAUUUGUACCAUUCUGGUCAUGUUUACCACCAACGAGAGAUUGCCAACAGCAUUCAUGGCUCCAAGAGAAGACGAAGGAAAUAAGGAAGAGGAGAAUCAUGAAGAGGACCAGCCAGUUCAGCUGGGUAACACCACCGAGUCUGCAACCAUUGUGAGAGAUACUAGGACUUCACACGAGUGA